AUGGCGGCGCUCUCGUGGCGGCGCUCUGCCGACGCUCGUCGGUCCCUGCGGCUGGAAUUGGCCCCUCCUUGCUCGGCUCCGGCCGCUGCAGUGCGUGGGGGCCCAAAAUUCCGCGCUUUCCGGCCGGUCCCGGCCGUGCCGUGCUCUCCGUCGGCGCCGGCGGCGCUGCGGUCGCGGGUGCAAACCCUUCCUUCCCCCCACGCGCCCCCGUGUGGUGGGCUGGGCCGACGUGGGCCUUGUGGGCCGGCCACGUCGGGGGGGCUCAUUCCCUCUCCCUGGCCUUCCUUGGUUGGGCCAGCCCAAGCUGGGCCGAGCGGGUCUCUCCCCUCCCUCGGCCCAACCCAGCUCCCCUCCUUAGGGUUCUCGCAGGACGCUGGCUCCCCAUCCCAGCCCCGUCCCACAUCCCCCUCGCCGCCACCCCACCUCUCCCUCGCGCCCUCCCCCGCAUCGCUCUCCCCGCCGACCGCCUCUUGUGCUCCCUCCCUCGCCCCCAUCUGCCAGCCCCUCAUGGCCCGCGAUGCCGGUGACGGCGAGCUACGCCCAAAGCGCCGUGCGCCGGGCCGCGAUGUGGCCCCUCGGCCGUCACCGGAUGGCUCGCGUCGGGAGGCUGAGCUUCGGGAGGCUUUGGUGCGCGGCAAGGAGGCAGCGCCGUCCGAGGGUUCUGACUGGCGCACGGCCCACCCCCGGGAGCGCUCCCCCUCUUCGUGGCGUGGCCGCGGCCGGGAUCGGGAUCGUCCGUCUCCCCGUCGAUCCCGGUCGCCACCCCGGUCGGGUCGUUCUGAGGCCUCCCCGCCCCGGCGCUACGACCCUCCCCGCCGCCAGGCCCAGUUCCCUCCGGCCCGCCCCAACAAUGGCAACAACCACAAUGGUCGUGGAGCGUUCGCUAAGAAGAAGAAGAAGCGUGGAGCGCAAUCUCAGCUGGGUGGUCCGGCCUCCUCAGUCACCCACCCGCCCGUUCCGGCCGUCCCCCCGCCUGCUGUGUCGGCUGCUACGUGCUUCAACUGCGGGGUGACUGGGCACUGCCAGGUCGACUGUACUCAGCCCCUGGCCUGCUUCCGCUGCUCGAGUACUGAUCAUCCCGCCGUGCUCUGCCCCGACCUCUAG